AUGACUCAAGAGAAAGUGCGUGCAGACCUCGAGCCCGCAGUGGCCCAGGAAGCGACGACGAGGAAAUGGUGGAAGAGAAAGAGGGUUUGGGUCUCGGUGCUUGUUCUGGGGAUCAUGGUCUUGUUUGGAAUCGUGUUUGGUGCGGUGUAUGGUGUGAAGAGAUCGCAGUCCAAUGAAUCCGAACGCGCCCGCGAACGACUGUUCGCAGCACAGGGUGCGACGUCUGUGCCUUCAUCUAGUCAAGCAAGCUAUGUAGCGAAUUCGGCUUCGACCUCUCCCGGUGGAAUUUUGACUUCUGGGUCUGUUCCCACGCCUACGGACUCUCGUUCCAACACUGCGUCUUUCAGCUCCACCUCCACCUCCUCGCCAUCCUCCUCGCCACCCUCAUCGCCACCAUCCUCUCCAGGAGCCAUGUUGUAUCCCCAAGGAUUAGUCCCACGCGACAUCAGCGCCGCAGUUGCAGCCCCCGCCCUCCUCCUCUGGGACCUGCGCUCCGAAGGAAAACUAUGGAAGCUAGAGUACGGCAGCGCCUGGGAAGCGUACAGCGGCCGCCAAUUUCUCGUCGCGCCCGUCACUGUGUGCACCAGCGAUACAACGCAGACAGCCGUCUCUGUCGACGGCACCAGCGGCCGCAUCGUAUUCAUGCAUUUCCGCGACGGCCAGUGGGGAAACUGGGAGGAACUCGACUUUGCCGCGCAGUUCUUGACGCGACCGACUGUGAUUUCCAGGGCGGAAGGGAAGGUUGAUGUCGUGAGUAUUGAUUCUAACGGGUACAUAUGGGCCGUCUCGUACGACGGAAACGUCUGGAGCGAAUGGACCGAGCUGGGCGCUGACUUCGCCGGCGAAGUGGCAGUGACAUCGUGGGGCGAGGACAGAAUCGAUGUAUUUGCCAAAUCAAGGAAUCUGGUGUUACACAAGCAUUGGGUUCCCGACUCGGGAUGGGCGGAGGCAUGGGAGAGUCUUGGUGAUCCCUUUCCGAGUACCUCUUCCAUCGAGGGAUUGAUCGCGUCUUCACCUCUCGCAGCGUCGUGGCGCGACUCUGAUGGCAGCGACGGCGUCAUCGAUAUCGUCGUCAACAGAGGCAGCACUGUGCACAAUUUGUUCAAGAACGGCGCGUGGAGCGAGUGGACGAUCGUCUGGGCCAGCCACGAAGGCUACGAGUUCCCGGACACGCAGAGCAUGAUCCGAGGCGACGGCGUGGAUGGCCGCCCGCUUGCGCAUCUCGUAUCGCGCGGCACGGAUGAUUGCAUACACUACACUGCGUUCAACGGUACGAGCUGGGAUUUCUGGAACAUGUUGUGGUGUCUUCGCAGCGACGAUGACUCGACUCACCUCGACUACCCGACACAAUACUUACCUACGUUCAUGGUUGACGGCGGAGAAGGGAACGUCGAGGUACUGGCACGGAAUCUGAAGGGCAACUUCCUUCGAUUGGGAGUGCAUGGCAGUGCUGGAGAUGAGUGGUCGAACGACAACUGGGAGAAUUUGGGAACCCCAGGAAAUUAA